UGUGUCCACAUAGCAGCCGACCCAUAGACUACCUACGUGGUUCGUCCCAGCGCUUCCGUUUUCCAGCGUAACGCAUGGGGUUUGACCAUUAGAGAAACAGAAGAGAGCGAGGGAGGAGGUGACCGUGCUUCUUUUCUCGAGGAAUACUAGACAGAACCUACUAGUAAAGGGAACAAUAAGGCUGAACUGCAAUUAGUGCACAUCCAACGCUACCGCAUGAAGAAAGAGUCGCGUUUUUAAUCGAUAUACUCACAUGGACGCUUGCUGGAUGAAGAUUCUUGCCUCAUCGAGGACAUAGAGGAAAUCCAUGGGUUCACAGAGCAGAAUCUCGUGAGCUGCACGCUUGGAAUAUAUUUGACAUUCAAAGGGAAGUUCGCUAUCGAACCGACAGUGUUUGGAACUGAUACGAGCGUUUUGUACCGUUUCGGGGAUUUGUACAACUCUCACUUGCAUCGGAAUUUAAGGCCUCGCGGUCGCAGUAGUUCACAGGCCCCUCUGACAUGGCGGACAGUGAAGACACCUUUCGGCUCCAAAACUCUCCCAGUGACACCAGUUCAAAAGAUUUACAAAGCGAUGGUAAAUCAGACAAGCAGAAUGGAGCCGUUAGCAAAUCCCCGUCAUCACAGACAACCUACAUUCAACAGGGAAUGGAAGGGAUAAAAGUUUACUUGCACGAGCGAGAGUUGUGGACAAAGUUUCAUGAAGUGGGAACUGAAAUGAUCAUCACCAAAGCCGGGAGGCGGAUGUUCCCAAGCUUCAAAGUGAAGGUCACCGGGUUGAACCCAAAAACCAAAUACAUUCUGCUGAUGGAUGUCGUGCCAGCGGACGACCACCGCUAUAAAUUCGCCGAUAACAAAUGGUCUGUGACGGGGAAAGCAGAACCUGCGAUGCCGGGAAGGCUGUACGUCCAUCCGGAUUCUCCAGCCACCGGCGCGCAUUGGAUGCGGCAACUGGUGUCUUUCCAGAAGUUGAAAUUAACCAACAACCACCUCGAUCCCUUCGGACAUAUUAUCCUGAAUUCCAUGCAUAAAUAUCAGCCCAGGAUUCACAUCGUAAAAGCAGAUGAAAAUAACGGAUUUGGAUCCAAAAACACCGCUUUCUGCACUCACGUGUUCCCGGAAACGGCGUUCAUUGCAGUCACGUCUUACCAAAACCAUAAGAUCACCCAACUGAAGAUCGAGAACAAUCCCUUCGCAAAGGGCUUUCGUGGAAGUGACGAUAUGGAGCUGCAUCGCAUGUCAAGAAUGCAGAGCACCAAGGAGUAUCCGGUGGUCCCUCGCAGUACCGUACGCCAGCGGGUCGGCACCAGCCAGAGUCCGUUCGCCGGUGACGUCCAAGGUCUGUCCACUCCCAGCGGCAUGAGCUCUCAGUACUCCUGUGAGAACGGGGUCACGAGCACAUCGCAGGACCUGCUGCCUCAGUCGAGCUCUUAUCCUCUGCCCCACGAACACAGCCAAGACUAUCACUGCAUCAAGAGGAAAGUUGAGGACGACUGUCACGCAGGAGAGCACUCAUACAAGAAGACCUACGUGGAAAGCUCAUCCAGCGAGGACGAUCACUACUAUCGGCCCGUGAGCUACUCUCAGUCUUUGGGUCUCAGCGGCACCCCCUACAGGGCCGAGUCUGGUCAGCGGCAGGCCUGCAUGUACGCCAGUGCGUCGCAGUCCACCGAGCCCGUGCCGAGCCUGGAAGACAUCAGCUGCAACACCUGGGCGGGGGUCUCACCUUACGCCGGCUGCUCGGUGACCACCAUGCAGCAGAUGGAGCGACUGCCCUACCAGCACUUCUCAGCUCACUUCACCUCAGGACCCCUCGUGUCCAGAUUGAGCGCAGGCCAUGCCUCACCGCAGCUAGGCGACACCCAUGCCAUGUACCAGGGGUCCAUGGCCCAUCAGUCGCUGGGCCGCCAAUGCAGUCCAAGUGCGGGAAUCCAGUCGCCGACCGCCGGGCUGCAAGGCAACGAAUACUUGUACACUCACAGUAUACCUCGCACCCUGUCUCCGCACCAAUACCACGCUGUGCACAGCGUAAGCAUUAUGCCUGACUGGAAUGAGGGCAGCUAACUGGAUUCUCUCGAGCAGCGUAUGAGGCCCCAACAUGGAGGAGAGGCGCUUUCCUGCGUAUUUAUAACUUGUGAGAGUUUGCGGCGUAGGCGACUUGUGUCAUUAAGAGGUCAGUUCAGCUGGCUGAGGCAGCAAUGAAUGUCUCAGUGUUUGAGCAGGACAGUAACACGAGACUUACAUUUGCAUGACGCUGACUGUAUAUCAGGGACUAAGAACUUUCCCCCUUCCAUGCAAAGACAAAUGCACAAGGAUGCCAACCGUUUUAUUGACAAAACUUUUAUUAAAAAAAGAAAAAGGUGACAAGAGUAAUUGAGGAAACUAAUCCAGUUUUAUACUUUUUUUUUUAUAAGGCUGCAAAACGAUUAAUCGCGAUUAAUCGCAUCCAAAAUAAAAGUUUAUGUUUACGUACUAUAUGUGUGUGUGUAAUUUAUUAUGUACACAUAAACACACACAUACAUGUAUAUAUUAAGGAAAAAUAUGUUUGUAUCAAAUAUUUAUAUAUAAUAUAAAUUAUAUAUAAGUAUAUAUACAUACAAAUAAUUGUUCAAAUAUAUACAUAUAGGUGUGUAUUUAUAUAUACAUAAUAAACAUACAAAGUACACACACAUAUAGUAUGUAAACAAACAUUUAUUUUGAAUGUGAUUAAUGGUGAUUAAUCGUUUUGCAGCCCUAAUUUUUUCAUUUCAUUAUUUGAGUUGUUUUUGACAUUGUACUUUGAGGCAGUAUGUUACAGAACAAGUCUUUGGGAUCUUGUGCUUGAUGGUUUCUGUUAACCUGUAGACUAAUGGGAAUCUGGUCAGUGAGCACAAUUUGUCUCUCUAAUCACAGCAGAUCUGUUUAAGUGCUGAUUUUAGUUCAAGUCUAACACUUUGGUGGUGCAGAUUUUGUUCAGGGAUAUAUUACAAGUUUUCUUCCACUUAAAUCACAUUUUCACAAAUCAUUUUUCUCUGAACUACCAGCAAGUCCAUGAUACAAAAAGUCAGUAAAAAUUAAUUGGAUACAUGAGCACUUUUUACAAAAUGGAAAUUGUGGCACAGCACACAAGACAAACUUAAAGUACAACAGAUUGAUAGUUUAAUAGUACUUAUAAGCUAGUUAUCAUGGACAUACUGGCCUCAGAGUCUCUUUUAGUACACACAAGAGUAACGUCUUCAGACACUGAAGAGAUUCUCAGAGCACUAUUCACAGAGUUAAUAAGUCAAAAAUGCUUUAGAGUUGUUCUACAACAUCUGAGAUACAAUAAUGCAACAAACUUUGGUAUGGAGAUCUUUAUUUUUGGACACUUGUAGUCAGCAGAUUUUCCUGUUAAUAGUAUUUAUUUUUCUUGUAUUAUAAACCUUGUUCCUUUUCUUAAAGGCCAUUUGCUAGGUUGACUUUUUUCAGUACUUUGAGUUUGGUAGUCAAACUUUCUUUUUACUUAAAAAAAAAAGAAGAAAAAAAAGUAAAAAUGUAACCAGUCUGGUUUAUAAUUUUGAACGCUUAUGAAUAACUGUCAAAUCAUACAAAUAUGAAUUACUUGGCUGUACAUACAACAAAAUGUACAUAGAAAACAGAAUAAAUGUAAAAGAUCCUUCCUUGAAGUCUGAGUUUAUUUAAUGCAAUUCUACAGACUGUGGCAUAAAUCUAUAAUGCUGUAUCAUAAGCCUAUUAAUGCUUACCUCCAUGAAUAACCUCGAUGGAUUUGAGGAAUGACUUCUCAGACCCGAUGGAGCUGAAGAUUGCUAAAGUGACAGUAGGCCAUUUUAAUAACUGACAAUUAAAAAACCCUAACUAUAUUAUAUGAAAACAAACAUUACAGUGUAAUCAAAAGAGUUAAAGCACGUCCAUCUUUUUUACUGCUGAAGCCUAUUUGAGUGCAUCGUUUUGGAAUCCGUUUGGUUGAGGAAUGUCUUGUGUUUUGUAUCAGAUAUUAAUGAUGGUCAUGACAAAUUAGCAGUUGUGUAGAAAAUCCGUUGGAUUAAAGGGGGUUUAACCAACAAUUACAUCCCCUGCGCUGAGGCCUCUCUCUAAAUCUUCAACAUGUCACCCUUGAGAAAACAGUCCAUUCUGAGCCAAAAUGGAGUUAACCAUUGACCUCUAGUGGCAGUCAGUGGAUCGCUGAACCGGUAAAUGAGAAAAACUGAAAAAGUUGAUGAAAAACUGUUCAUCUGAAACAUUCAGGGCAAAAAGACAAACGUGAGCUUGUUUUUAUUUGAUAAAACAGUAGGAUUAGGCUGCCUCGAAGUAGAAAAUAUAUCUGUUGAAACUUCGAAGCACAAUCUAGAAGUAAAACAUUGAUUUCACACAAAUCAGUCACUAGAUUUUUGGUAACCCUUUGCAAUAUGGUUUUAUUAGUUAACAUAAGUUAACCACAUUAAUUAACAUGAGCUAACAAUGAACAAUACUUCUACAGAUUUAUUAAUAUCAGUCAAUGUUAAUUUCAACAUGCACAACUAAAUUUACAUGAAAUACAACACUAUUUACAAAUUAACACUAAUGUACUGUGAACUAACAUGAACAAAUGAAGAAGUUAUAUUUUACUAACUAAUAUUGCCAGCAACCAAUAAAUGCUUUAAAAAAUGUAUUGCUCAUUGUUAGUUCAUGUUGGCUAAUGCAUCUGUUAACAAAUGGGACAUUGUUUUAAAGUAGAAUUCCACACACUGAUUGCGCAUAUGAAGUCUGUAGGUGAAUAACGUACAGAAUCUCAGCUCUUGCAACUGUUUAUUGGUGUU